GCAUUUUCUUACAUUUUGAUCUGGAAUGACUUGACUUCCCCAAAUGGCAUCCCAAGGGGGGAAAAGGCAUGCCUGUUCACUAUGUGCUCGUCGGAAGGUCAAAUGCGAUAAAGGGGACCCCUGUUCGAACUGCCAUAAGGCACAAGCCCAAUGCUUAUACGAGGCCCCGAAUUCGUAUCGGCCCCGGAAGAGAGCUGCUGACGAGGAUCUGAUCGCUCAGCUGGCCCGCUAUGAGAAUCUCAUGCGCAAGCACAAUGUUGACUUCACUCCCUUCGCAAAUACCUGGGUGCCUUCCGGCUUGGAAGUUAAGACGCGUGCAGUUGGCUCUCCCAGGCCAGUGGCUGUAUCAGCCGGUGGACACCGUAUUCAUUCGAAUUGUGACCAACAAGAGAGACAGACAGUAAAUCUCGACCCAUGUUUAUGGUCCAUUUUAAGCCCAGAGCUCAAGCAUCCUCCUAUUCAAAAUCUCCAGUACAAAGAUGACCCUAGCUUGCAUCCUACACCACCGUUUUCUUGCGUCCUAUCUGGCACGCAUCCUGAGCUCUAUGAGUUACAUCCUAGCCCACAAAACAUUUAUCGACUCUGGCAGACGUUCGUAGAAAGGGUCAACCCGCUCAUAAAGAUCGUACAUGUGCCAACGCUGCAACAGCGCAUCUUGGACGCCAGUUGGGAUCUACCCAACGUAUCCAAACCACUCACGGCGAUUUUGUUUGCGAUAUACACUCUCGCUGUCACUUCCAUAUCUCCUGAUUACUCCCAGUCCACUUUAGGUGAGGCCAGGGAUACCCUUCUGAUACGUUAUCGAGUCGCAACUCUCCGUGCGCUAGUUGCAGCUGACUUUCCGACAACAAAAGAUUUUGAGGUUUUGCAGGCAUUGGUUCUGUUUCUCCUAACGGACCCCGAGUCUGAAUUAACUUCAACUCUCAGUGGCGUCGCCCUAAGGAUUGGCCAGAGGAUAGGCCUACACCGAAAUGAUACAGAAGUCCAGGUCUCCUUUUUUGAGAAGGAGAUGCGUAUUCGUCUGUGGUGGCAGUUGUUUGGCCUUGAUUCCCGCGUACGAGUGAUUUCUAGUCCAGGGAGACGGCCAUCACCAUGGGAAUUCGGUGAUUUGCGCCUUCCGCUCAACGUUAAUGAUGCAGAUUUACAUCCAGAUAUGAUCGAAUGUCCUAUCGAGCAUAGGGGCCCAACUGAGAUGUUAUUUGUCUUGAUGAAAUUCGAACUUUCUAACUGGCUUCGGUCAUCGCUCACCGCUGCCGAGAUUUUUCAGAACAUUAUCCAUGGCCCCGUCAAGCAUCAUAUGUGGCCAGAGCUCGAAGAUAGGGCUAUUGAUGAGCUUCAAACCAUAUAUCAAGCGAAACACUUUCGCUAUCUCGACAAACGCAUACCCCUACACAGAUCAGCAUACGCUAUGGCCAAUCUUUUAAUUGCUCGCCUGCGAUUUAAGGUCCACCAUCCAAGAUCGCGUACGGCCGGUGAUGAUGGCAAGAUAUACUUGACGCAAGAAGAGAGUGAUACACUCUUUGAUUCGGCCUUACUUUCAUUGGAAAUGGUGGAUGUGGGCACGCACUGCAAUUUUGCUUCAUAUUUAUUUACCCACAUGACUUCGAAACCGCCGAUUGAUGCUUAUAUUUACGUUUUGAGUGAGCUGCGACGGCGGUAUUCGGGCGAUCGUGUAGCUCUCGCGUGGCGACUAGUGGAGAACCUUUACGAUGAGCACCCUAAACUGAUCUCUGAUGGCGAUAACCGAUUUUUUGUCGCGCUGGGGGAUUUGACGCUGGAAGCGUGGGAAGCCAGAAGACAAGGGCUGGUUCGUGAUGAAGUACCACAAGAACUCAACGCCAAUCCGCAAUUCAUUCAAUUACUUUCUGAUAGGAGAAAAGAAAAGGCUAUUGAAGGUGCUUCGACCCCCAUAAUUUCCGAUUUCAUUAUGGACGCCGAUUUGGAUUGGGAAUACUGGAGUGAUUUCUUGAGGUUAUAACAAUAUGUUUGAUAUAUAUGUUGUAAUGUUACAUGGGAGACGCAUACUUCAAAUAUCUUCCAAGCUGGAAUAACAACUCCUGACACCCUAGGAACCGAAAUAGCUUCCUGUGGACCAAUAUAAUACUGUGUCAGCUAGAAAUGGUUGUCUUGACACCUUUUUGGCCGAACGGUAAAGUUGAAUUUAUUCAACCUCUUUCAAGUCUAUUUCCAUCAUCCCUUCAUUUCCUUGGGAUACGGUUCUAGGUUCCUACCAUGUUAAACCCACGCGAUUUUUUCUUCAUCAUUGCCCCAUGCCUUGUAGAUUCAUGCCGUAGAAUCGAGGGCUCAGAAAUAGCUG